UGUUAGUCUCCGAACUUACAGCAUCGUCAUGGCACGUACCAAGCAAACCGCUCGUAAAUCCACCGGUGGUAAGGCACCAAGGAAACAACUCGCCACCAAGGCCGCCAGAAAGAGCGCGCCUGCAACUGGUGGAGUGAAAAAACCCCAUCGUUACAGGCCAGGAACCGUCGCUCUCCGUGAGAUCCGUCGUUACCAGAAGAGCACUGAGCUCCUCAUCCGCAAGCUUCCUUUCCAACGUUUGGUCCGUGAGAUCGCUCAAGAUUUCAAGACCGACUUGCGUUUCCAGAGCUCUGCUGUGAUGGCUCUCCAGGAGGCUAGCGAGGCUUACCUCGUCGGUCUCUUCGAAGACACCAACUUGUGCGCCAUUCACGCCAAGAGAGUCACCAUCAUGCCAAAAGACAUCCAAUUGGCUCGUCGUAUCCGAGGAGAACGUGCUUAAAUUUUUUAUAACACCUUCCAAACACAAUCGGCCCUUUUCAGGGCCAACACAUUUUUUUACGUUGAAGUACUCUUGUUCGUUUCAGAUAUUUUUUUAUAGUUUGUCUACUUAUUUAGUUUCAUUUACUACACGCAACUUUUUAAAAUCAGUUGAGGAACUAUAGUAUCAGGCAGGGUAGUUUAUGGUAGUCAAAUAUAUUGGUUUUUUUCAGUAUAUUUAUUUAUUUCUUAUUUACUUAUAAUUUUAUAUUUUCAAUUUUUAUUAGUAUAUACUUACUCGUAAGAAACAGAAUUUUUUUUUGGUCAGGGAA